AUGGGACUGCUCAGUCAUGAUGAGUUCUUUGCCAAACUAGGCGAGCUCUUCAGUUCCAGGAAAAACACAGAUCACGGCGUAGUCUACUUGACUCAAAAGCGGUACACCCACGACCAAGAAGCAGCCACUCCCUCGGAAUCGGAUCCCCUCGCAGACCUGCAUCCCGAAACGCCACUACCUCUGGUCAUCCGGGCAACAAAUGGCAAGUCGAAGGAAAACCGAGCCAAGAAGAUUAGUCUGUCGACUCUGGUUGAGCCCGAUGCUCUGGACGCCUUCUACGCGCGGUACGCCGAGGUCUGCAAGGCGGGGAUGAUGGCUCUGAAGCCGCGGGACCGGACCAAGAGGAAAGCAAAGGCGAAGAGGAAGAAGGUGGGGGGAGCUGGGACAACUUCGAUGGUGGCCAUUCAAUAA